AUGUCGGGCGUCGGCAACGUCGACAACUCACGCCACGAGGAGGUCUAUGAGUUGCAACCUCUCUUCAAACUUGGUGAUCCUGACCGGCUGUUCGACAACCCGCUUGCCGAACGUAUCAGCACCCUCUUCACCAUGCAUGCUUCUAGCGAUGAAACUGAGGGAGACCCAUACGAUGACCUACUGCUCGCAGGCAAGGCAAAGCACCCAUCGUCGAACCCGCGUGAGAAUGAAUGUGAGAACGCGCCUUCUGCGGUUGAAGCCCGGAAGGCAGCGCCGGUGGACGCCACCGGUCAGCAUGACCAUGCAGAGGCGCCAGUCCCCUCUAAGCGGGUCGGAUGUCUUGACAAAGAGGUGGACGUGGCUCUAGCGAAAGCUAAAGCCCAGGUCGUCACCACGAUGUUCUGCAGCGUGGUCAUCAGCCAAGGGCUCGCUACGAUUGUGGCCAUGAUCAUGGCUGCCGUGGCGAUCGAACAGGCCCUGCUUCUCAUGUUCUUCUCGCUCAUUGUCAUGAUGUGGUUCAUGAAGAGCAUCAUCAAAGACCUGUAG